AUGGCAAUGACGGGGUUAGUGAUUCGCUGGGUGGGCGCGGGGGGAGGAGAUAUUUGGGAGUGUCUUGGUUUCGCUGGGCAUUUAUUCGUAUAUAUAUCUCUCGAUCUCGAUAAUUUUGCGGAUACAAAAGCAAACACCGUUUCCUGCACAUCUCCACCGCCUCUCAUAAUGCCUCGCCGCAGCUCCGGUGGAAGAUCCACACGUCCAGCUCCUCGUCCAGCAGCAACACGCAACCCACCCCCUCAACCAGCGAAUCAUGCUCCUCCACCAGCUCCUGUUCAAGGGAACACAGGUGGAUCUAUGCUUGGAAACAUCGGUUCUACCAUAGCACAAGGAAUGGCUUUCGGUACCGGCAGUGGAGUGGCGCACAGGGCUGUUGAUGCUGUUAUGGGUCCUCGCACGAUUCAACACGAAACUGUCGUCUCUGAAGCAGCUGCAGCACCAGUACCCACUGCAACUACCAUGGGUGGCUCCGAUACUUGCAGCAUCCACUCAAAGGCAUUCCAAGAUUGCUUGAAUAGCAAUGGCAAUGACAUUAGCAAGUGCCAGUUCUAUAUGGAUAUGUUGGCUGAGUGCAGGAGAAACUCGGGUUCCACAAUCAGUUCCUAA